AUGCGACCGCCUUUCUUCUUUGGUGCUGAGGGAUCCCUAGCUGCGGAGGAGUUCUUGAAGGUCACUGAGACUAUUCUCACGGUGACCCGCAUUGCCCAUGCUGAAUGGGUGGACCUUAUGGAUAUUCAGCUCACCAACACAGCUCGAAUUUGGUGGACUGCAGAGAAGGCUUAUUUGGAGAGACUGAUUUCGUGGGAUACCUUCACAGACCGCUUCAACAGGAAGUACUUCCCUCAGUCGGCUUGGGACGAGCUUUUGUGUAAGUUUGUUGAACUCAAGCAAGGAGGUCGAUCCGUUGAUGAGUAUGAGGCCGAGUUUUCUUCCUUGAGUCGAUAUGAUCCUCAUCUUGUUACAGACCCCACUAUCAGGAGGCAUCAGUUCCAGAAGGGUCUGGACAAGUAUAUUAGAUUGGCUCUAGCUGGUAGAGCACUUGCAACCCACGACGUCGUGUUGGAUGCAGCAUGCGAUAUCGAGAGCGUUCAAAAGGAGCCUGAAGACCCACAUGUGAUCCAGAGCAGGACACAAGUAGCCCCAGCCUGA